AUGGCUCUGAGCCCAGGGGCUAAUCUGGUCCUCUGUGAAAGCUCGAACAUGACUCCCAGUCUCGGCCUGGCAGAGGCCCCAGAUUCAGGCUCCAGCACUAUCUCUGGGCCCCACACAGACAUGGGCCUUGUUCCUCUCUUGAACCCACCCUUGAAUCCUGGCUCAGAUCUUGUUCCAGAUCUCAAUUCAACUCUGAGUCCUGUCUCAGAGGAGGCCCCUGGCCUGGUGUCUGGUAACACCCCCAGGCCUGGUGACAGCCAGACUGUGCCCCCAGUCCCCCUCCAGAUCACCACUUCCUACUCUGGUGAAGCCCUGGGCCUGAAUUCAAAUCACGUCUCAAGGCCUGACUCACAAGGGGUCCUGGGUCCAGCCCCAAACCUUGUGCUGAGCCCCAGCUCUACUGAGGCCCAAGAUCUGAGCUCAGGGAAGCACUCUGGGCUCAGUUCUGAGGAGGCUUUCAACUCUCUCUCAAGCAAGAUUUUUGAUGUGGGUCAGAGUAACUCCAGUCCUUCCAGGACUGAUGCAAACCCAUUUCUAAGGCCCUGUUCAAGAGAAGCCCUGGUAGUGGGCCACUGUGUCUGUAGGUCAAGCUCAAAAGCUCUCCUUAUUCCAACCUCAAAUUCUUCUCUGGACUCUGACUCCAACCAGCUACACAGUGUGGGCUCAAGAAACACCUCCAAGCUGUACCUCAAUGCGGGUCCAGGUUCUUGUGGGACCCUGAUCCCAGAUGUCAACGAGACCAUCACUGUGGUUUCACAUAACAGCUCUGGAUCUGUCUCAAAAGGAGUUUUGGGUACAGCCUGGAACACGAGUUCCAAGGGAACCAUCAAUGUGGCUUCAAAUAACAAUCUCAGGUCUGACCUGAACAUGACCAUCACUCAAGCCUCAUGCUUGACCCUGAUUCCUGGCUCCAGCAAUAGUAUCAGCCUGCAUUCCAGCACCCGUGGACCCAGCUCCACCCUUUCUCCACCCUCGUGUAUGACUCUGAUCUUGGGCUCCAAUGAGACUCUCAGCCUGGGUUCCAGCCUCAUCUUCAGUGACACCUCUACCCUGACACCGAGCAGCCAGCAGGAUUAUUUUGAGGACAAUAGCAUCCAUGCCAUACCCUUGGACAAGAAUCUGGGGAGCUGGGAUGAGAUGGUUGGCACUGAGACAGGCCAGUUCUCGCUGGGGUUCCCCACCUAUAAUACCAUGGACAAGGACACCACAGCCUUCCAAAGCAUCCCAGAGGGAGCCUUCAGUGAAGUGGCCUCAUGCCUGGUGGACAUGCCGGGGAAGAGAGACGAUGGCACCAAGAUGGCUCUGGUGGAGAAUGUCAUCACCCUCCAGGAGAGCCAGGAUGCGCUCGAAGUGGACGUAGAGAAGAGGACCUUGAUGAAGGAGAUGAUGAGGCAGAUCCAGGAGGAGCCACUGGAUUCCCUCUCGAGCACCGUCCGCUGGCAGGCCAUGGAGACGCUGACCCAGCUGAGGACAAUCCUGGGACUGUGGCGCGGCCAAGGGAAGAGGAACCUGGGGAGAGGUGGCUCCCUGAAGGGGCAGCCUGGAAAAUCUAUUUGGACACUUUACCGACAGACCCUGGAUGCCCUGCAGACACUGCUCAACGCCCUCUUUGUCGAGGACCCCACUCCUGCUGGGCUGAAGAGCAUCUUGGAGCCCCUGGGGCCCUGGAUGAACUCCGGGAAGACCCAUGAGCGAGCACGGGCUGUGAACAGCAACGUCUCUGUGUUGAACCACAUGUUUCUGACCCUGCCUUUCUUUAUGUCCUCGGGGUUUCCGGCGCUGGGGCUUCUGCUGGGGAGGCUCAUCCUUCGCAUUGGAGAUCCUGAUGAGGGGAUUGGCCGGAAGGCUCUCGACGGCAUCAUCAUCCUCUACACUAUCCUGGAGCUCCAAAAACGAGCCAGAGAUAAGGAAGAGACCAAUAAUAAGAAGGAGCUGUAUGAGAGCAACAAGCGAUUCCUGGGGCCCUACAACCCUGUCUGCCCAUGCCAGAAUAUUCUGCGUGUGAUCGCGGAAUUUGGAGACUUCCUGGGACCCCAGCAGGUGAAGGACCUGCUGUUAGCAGCCCUGGAAGGCUUGAAAGGCAGCUCAGAAGCCCGGGAGAAGGACUUGGGGGAGAUGAUGCAGCUGGCCUCGGAGGUCACCAUCAGCUCGGUGCUGGAGUGGUACCACCACAGGGUGGUGGAGGUGAUCCCAGAAAUCAUGCAGGCCAUCUACAUGCAGCUGAACCACAUCCAGGAGCCACGGGCCCGCGAGGUGGCCCUGCUGCCCGUCUCCCUCCUGGCCAGCUCCUUCAUGACCGAGGUGGUGGUGGCCCUGCUCACGUGUCCCCUCCCGCUGGACAGCAACAGCGCAGAGAUGUGGAGGCAGCUAAUACUGUGCAAGCCCAGCUGUGAUAUCCGAGACCUCCUGGAUCUGCUCCUGACGAGCCUGAAGGAGAAGCCCUUCACCAAGAAGGGCCGGGCCUCGAUCGUGCCCUUAGCGGCAGCCAGCGGGCUGUGCGAGCUCCUGUCGGUCAGCAGCUGCGUGGGCUUCGUGAGGCGCGUCUACCCCCAGCUGCUCCUGGCCCUGCUCAUUCAGGUCCAUUACCACAUCGGCCUCAACCUGCCUGGCCGCGUGGCUUUGCGCAAGGACGCCAAGAAGGACGCCCAGCCCUCCGUCUUCGUACCCGUGCGCUGGGUGGUCAAAGUGGUGAAAACCCUGCUGCUGAGGAUGGGCUGCUCAUACGAGGUCACCUUUCUGGAGGACCAGGGCGGCUGGGAGCUCAUGGGGCAGGCUGAGAACCACCACCGCGGAGUGUCCCUGCUGGCAAGGGCUAUGGUGCAUUACUCCUGCCAGGAGCUCUGCCGCAUCCUCUACCUGCUCAUCCCGCUCCUGGAGAGAGGCGACGAGAAGCACAAGAUCACUGCCACCGCCUUCUUCGUGGAGCUUCUCCAGAUGGAACAGGUGCGGCGGAUCCCUGAGGAGUACUCUCUGGGGAGGAUGGCUGAAGGCCUGAACCACCAGGACCCCAUCAUGAAGGUGCUGUCCAUCCGAGGCCUGAUCAUCCUGGCCCGCAGGACUGAGAAGACUGCCAAGGUCCAGGCCCUCCUGCCCUCUAUGGUGAAGGGCCUGAAGAGUAUGGACGGGCUGCUGGUGGUGGAGGCGGCCCACAACCUUAAGACCAUCUUCAGGGGGCAGGACCGGAAGCUGAUGGACAGCUCGGUCUAUGUGGAGAUGCUUCAGGUCCUGCUCCCACACUUCAGUGAUUCACGAGAGGACGUGCGCUCCUCCUGCAUCAGCCUGUACGGCAAGGUGGUCCAGAAGCUGCGGUCGCCUCGCACCCCAGCCAUAGAGGAGCAGCUGAUGGGCACCUUGGUGCCCCUGCUGCUGACCAUGCAAGACGGCAAUGCCAAGGUGAGCCAGAAAUGUGUGAAGACCCUGUUCCGCUGUUCCUGCUUCAUGGCCUGGGAACUGCCAAAAAGAGCUUAUAGCCGGAAGUCCUGGGACAACCAGCAGCAGACGGUGGCCAAAAUUUGCAAGUACCUUGUGACUACCCACCAAGACAGCGCCUUCACAUUCCUCAGCCAGAGCCUGGAGUAUGCCAAGAAUCCCCGGGCCUCCCUCCGGAAGUCCUCAGUCAUGUUCAUAGGGUCCCUGGUCCCCUGCAUGGAGAGCAUGAUGACAGAAGACCGGCUGAAUGAAGUUAAAGCGGCUCUGGAAAACCUGAGACACGACCCAGAAGCAUCAGUGUGCAUCUACGCAGCCCAGGCCCAGGACCACAUCCUAGCCAGCUGCUGCUGGAACUCCUGGCCGCUGCCACACGGGGACUCGUGGGUGUGCGACCCAGCCACCACGCACCGCUGGAGCCUUAGCUGCAAGAGCCUGCCCGCUUCUCACCAGCGGUGCUCCUGGAUCGUGCAGGCACUGGGCUCCUGGAAGAUGGCCUUGAAGCAGUGA